AUGAAAAGUCGCGCUCCUCUCCCCGUUCCAUCCGGGGCUCAACCUCUGCAGAACGGUCAUUCCCGCAAUCUUUCUGGCCUCGAUAUGACUGCCCGCAGCCCCCCCAACCAAAGCAACACCAAGCAUGUGCCCUGCAAAUUCUACCGCCAGGGAGCUUGCCAGGCUGGACCUGCCUGUCCCUUUUUGCAUUCUACCGAUUCUGCGAUCGACUAUGCGCCGUGUAAAUAUUUUACCAAGGGAAACUGCAAGUUCGGCGCUAAAUGCGCGCUGGCGCAUAUCCUCCCCGAUGGGCGGCGGGUCAAUCGACCCAGUGCGAUGGGUGGAAGCCAUCUCAACCUGGGUGGCCGGGUCAAUCCGCAAGCAUACGUCAACCAAGAUUCAGCCCUGACCAAUUCGGUGCUCUCGCAACAACGAAUGAAUGGCCACGAUCCUCGCUAUGCCUCCCAGAUUUCACACCAAGAAGACUUCGCUACUUUACACCCCCAGCAGCAGCAACAGCAGCAACAGCAGUCGCAGCCACCGCCACCGCUAUACGAUGCUAUUCCUACGAUCGAUACGGGCUUGGCUUCAGAUACCGGUUCUAAGUAUGGCUCGCCGGUUGAAGACCUGCGCUUCCCCAUGUCCCCAAACCAUCACCACUUGACCGCGCUUGACGCUCCCUUGCCUGCGUCUUUUGACAGCCAAGGAAUCUCCCAUGCUGCCCGCUAUGGCCCCGUAGCCGCCUCCAUGCCCUCGAAAUUUGGAUUGGAGCUCUCGCCACCUGCCCAACGAAUAGGGGCUCCGUCGGACGCCCUCCGGAAUCUUCGCGACACGGCGUACGGACCAGACGCCAGGAAGGCUUCCUUCAUCGGAUCUUCCCCUCCUGGAGUACCCGAAGAUGGUCUGGGCCCGCGGUUCUUGCAUUCCCAACGGCCUGUAAAGCCUCGCAUGCUCUCUUCCAGUGUCCCUCGACCCACAGCUUUGGACGAUUGGGAUGAAAGCAAUUUCCCCAUGGAAGAAGAUUUCCUGCCAAUCAACCUACAUGAUGACGUGCUGACGCCGCAGGAGCGGCUCCGUCGUCUAUCUCGAACUGAUCAUGAGCUUAGUUCGAGCCAUCGUGAUCUCAGCGGGCUUGGGAUGACUGGCACCAGCCUGUCAAAGGUUGGCUCGCCCCUGGCGUCUAGUCCCUCUCGGUUUGGUGCCCUGUUUGCAAAGCAGCGACAGAAAAAAGAAGAAGAUGCCCAUGGAACCUCAUUCCCCCAGGUCGGGUCACCUCUUCGCGAGUCCUCAUUGAACCUGGAAACGAGAAGCCCCAGCCUGGGUCCCAUCGGCAGCCGCCAGUUGUCUGGGGAAGUUCCCACGUUUGUUUCUCCUUCCCGACAAGCGUCGACGUCAAUGAUCUCUCAGCAACUUAGCGGCAUGUCUCUCCACCCUGGGUCCGCUCGUCAUUCGUCAUCCUCGGGCGCCAAUAGUCGCUUAGACAGAACUGUCUCGUCACCCGUCAGUACAAGCAAAAUUGACGAAGAACAAAGCGAUUUAGUUUUCUCCAUGGAAGAAGAAGAGAACAACAACAAGCGCAGCAGUGCCUCAUGGGGUAUGCACAAGACAGAGUCCAAUGACGAGGAUUCGACUCCGACAAGCAACCCCGGCUUUCAGUCUUAA